CGACUCCCCAAACGACCUUGCAACGUCCUUCCUGCGAGAGUGUGUUGAUAGUGGCCAGCGGAAUCGGUCGUUUUGUGCGUGUUUCACCUCGUCUUCGCGCUCCAACACGACGCGACCAGUUUGCCGGCUUAUCACCAGGACGAGGUUGAUAGGAAUUUGCUAUCCUAAACUACCCCGAAAGUCAUCGAUUUUUUCGAUGGCUGCAGAAGCCACAGUUUCAACUCCCUUCUUGAAAGCCAGACCAGAAGAAAAAUCCACUUUUUCCCCAACUCAACAGAUCUAUUUGAAAAUGGCAUCCGAACAAGAUAAAUGUGGCCUCAGUUCAUUGCUUCUUCCAAUAUCAUGCCGAGACAGAGCCGAAGCUUUCGCUAGAAGCCUUCAGUCUCGUCUCAGUUCUUUGGGCUCAGACAGUUCGACGGAGGAGAGAAGCUGGUUGGGUUCUCACGAAAGCACAGUCGCUCUUACACAGCCCGUUCUCAAUCCCGACGCCGAACGGUAUUUGGCGCUGGACAUCCUGGAGUCGCCUUGCAGUCCACACGAAGAGAUCGAGGAGACCGAGGUGCACAAGCUGCUGAACAAAGAUCGGUUAAGGGAACCGAAUGGCGAGUGCCGGCUGCCCAAGUUGAACGAGAAUGAAGUAAAAUGUAAUGGGCAGACUAACGGCUUGGUCCCUCAUUAUUCUGGAGACAGUGACAGUGAGGUGUUCUACGACCUGGAUGAUGAUUCUUCGACUCAGCUUUAUACAAAUGGAUUCGCUCAUUCACAAGCCACGUCCAGUAGCAACACGUACGCCACUUCAUUGGAUUGCACACCGCAGCCUUCGGUCAGUGAUGAGCUGAGCACUUUGAGCCUGAAGGACGACAUCUCAUUGGUUGAGGCGGGCAGCAUCUGUGAAGACUGUGAGAAGAAUCGGGAGGAGGGCAAAGAUGCAACCUUAGAGACUGAUGUUAGCCACUUAGCAGUACCUGAAGGGCCGACGUUGGAGUGUCGCGCCGAUGCAAAAGAAGAGCCAGUUGAGGAGGCUGGUCCGAGUGACGAGCCGGACGAAGCAGCUGAUGGUGAAAACGAUAAUGAACCGAUACCGCGAGUUCGGAGAUGUUCCUCUUUGAAGACCGGCAAAACACCCCCGGGGACUCCGGGCAGGAAGAAAAUUGUGAGAUUUGCAGAUGUGCUGGGUCUCGAUCUGGCGGACAUUCGGACGUUUUUAGAUGAAGUCCCCAAAGUUCCCAAGUCGGCGUACAACGACCUCAGCGACGUCGAUCUGUCCGAUUCAUCGGACAUUUGUCCAGUUAGUCACGGUAUCCAGUUCCAUGGCAUCAGAGCGGAACGCAUCUUGGUGCCUCUGUUCGAGCAGCCGUCCGGACUGCCCAAUUUCCUGGAUCUAGUCAGAGACCAGCAGGUGUGUCUCGAAAAUGCCUUAGUAGAAGAUCCGAUUCUAUUUUUGAUAAAAGGAACAGUUCGCGUUCGCAACUUAGACUUCCACAAAUCUGUACAUAUCCGAUAUAGCAUAGACUCUUGGAGCACAUAUGCCGACGUCCAGGCGACGUACCUCAACAACUCUUGCGACGGCUUUUCGGACAGGUUUUCCUUUAGAAUUUACGCGCACACUUUGACGAUUGGCCAGAAGAUCGAGUUUGCCUGUCGAUUUCAGUGCAAAGGGUGCCAAUAUUGGGACAGUAAUGGAGGACGAAACUACUGCUUCCAUUGCUUACCUGUCGCUUCCAACAACACCACAACCCCGGUCUUAAUCAAUCUUGGACAUGCGGAUUGGGGUGCCAGCUUUUAUUAGUUAACGACAAAAAACCACAAGAGAAAAGGUUCGCAAUGAAAACCCCGAUAUUAAUCUAGUAAUUUUGCUGCGCGGCCAAUUCGAAUCCUCUGGGCCAUCCGAAGAAGCCUCAUUUUUUGUACUUGAGACGCAAAACGAUCCAAUCGAAAUGGAUAAAUAAUCAAAAUCAGGAAAAAAGAAAAAAUAGUGGAAGAAAAAACGCCCAAACCAGCCACGCUACUAAUUCUGUUUCUGUUUUUAUAUUUAGAGACAUAUAUUUUACGACAUAGUAUUUUUAUAUCAAACAAUGUCCAGACAUGGGAUGGAUAAAUUGUUUUUGCCACUUCUGGUUUGUGAUUAGUUGCGGUGUUUUUACUGUUAAUGGUGAGUAUCAAAAUUGGACAAAGAGACAGACAAGUUUUGUUGCAAAAGAAUAACACACAAGCCUUAAGAAAUAGUAAUUAGUAACUGAAAGUUAGUCAGUCCGAAAGCCCCAAAGACACAAACAUUUUAAUUAUGAGUCUUUUUUCGAAGUUUGAGGGUUUAAAUAUCCGGCAAUUAGUCCAAUUUUGCGUACUGUAAAACGUCUGUUAGUUUAGAAUUUUAAUUUUUAAAACGCUAUUUAAAUAUCCGAUCUGCUUUAAAAUUACAUUCAAGGUGAAGAUAAAAACCUGCUGACUUUUUCAGGUUUGAAUGCUUCAGCACUGGUUUGAAGGCAAAGUCCUGUUAUAUCAUUUACGUAGAACUUUGCUGUUCAUUUUACAAAUUUUUGUUUGUUAAUUAUUAUGUAUUCUUUUUAUUUUUUUCGUGAAUAUUAUGUAAAUACUACAUGUAAAAAGUCAUGGUGUUAUAAAGUACCUAAAUGCUCUACUUUUUUAAAUUCAGUGUGCAAACAGUGUUUAUAUUUUUCGCAAACUGUUCUGUCUUCCAGCAUCUUCUUGCAUAUUUUGUUUUUCUCCUGAAGGACUGCUAUAUGAAAAUCUGCAGGCAACUUGAAAGGAUUGGCAAAAGCAGACAAAAAAUUCACUUUUUUGUUUUUUUUUGCCAGAAUUCCUUCAGAUUGUUUGCAGAUGCGUUCUCUCCAGUCAGUAUCUACACUGUAGUAGCAUAAAAAAAUGGGUGAGAUGAAACUGUUUGCUGGUUUUAGAUAACGAUUGUUGAUUUAUUCAUUACAACAAAUAAGAUGUCUUUUAUUAGAACAUUUAGGAUAUAAUACUAAAGUAUCGUCAAUAAAUGCACCAGAAAGUAUUAUGAACACAAAGAAAUCAAUAACAAACAACAGAAAAAUAUAUUUUUAAACGGAUUAGAAUUUAGUAGAUAAGGCUAUUUGAACUAUGAAACUAGAAAAGACCUAAACAUUGUUAUUGUGGGUGAUGUAAAUAUUGUUCAGGGAAAUGGUGCUGGAGUUGGCAACUAAAUGAGAUUGUAUUCGGUAAGAAAAGGCUGUGAAAGAGACAACGUCGUUGUAAAUAACCUGAACUGAUAAUCGAUUAUUUUCAUAUGCUCAAAUUCCUUAAAUAAUGUAGAAAAUUAAAACGCCCGUUGUUAUAUCAGAUUUUUAUAUAGACAGAAUAUGGCCGCGGCCACGAUGUUAAAAUGAGCGGCAGGUUGUAGAUCAAAUGUAUAUCUUUAGCAGAAAAAUAAAUUUAGUACCUUU